GCAAGCCGCACUUUCUUACACACUGUGCUAAUCUUACACAAGAUGUCUGGUUUCUCCGGCUUCUUUUUAAUCUUCUGCACUAUACAUACAGUUGAACUUCGCUUGAAUUAUUCGGGUUCCAAUCCAAAGCGAGAAGUUUAUCAGCCUGACAGAGUUCUCUGUGUGAAUGUGGGGGACUCGGCUACUCUACACUGCUGUGUUUCUGGUGAAGAUGUUGGAGCAGUUAUCUGGUUUAAGCAACCAAACAGAAAACAUCCCCAGAUUGUAAGCAGAUGGUUUAAAACUGCUGAAAUCACAUUUUUCAAUGAAUUCCAAAAUCUUCGUUUUCAAGUACAAAUCUCUUCAAACUGCUCCAAUAUGACCAUUUCUAACAUCAUCCAGUCUGAUGAAGCCAUGUACUACUGUGCCAUCAUAAAACCAUUCAGCACGUUUGGACGUGGGACAUAUUUAAAAAUUAAAGGUGAUCAUGUUACUAUUGCAUCAGAAUCAGAAAUGAUCAGAUCUCUACAUCGGACAGUGAUCGGUUUGGGAUCGGCUUUGGGUUUGUGCGCACUUCUGAUUUUCUGUCUCACUUAUUUCAUACUGCGGAGAAGAAAAGGUGAUAAAACAAACGCUUCUGCUAUUGAAGAUUCUCCAAGAACGAGACAGGAAUCUGAAGUUGACGCGCUGAAUUACGCAGCUUUGGAAUUCUCUAAAGGGAUCGCAGUAAAAAGUCGGACACAAACUGACACAACAGGAGACCAAUGCGUUUACUCUACUGUGAAAAACAGCUCUAAUGUCUAAUGUGAAUUAUCUAACACGUUUCUA